UCGAUGCGUGUGCUCAUGUUAUCACUCCUCACGACACGUGCGAGAGCCAUGACUACGACCGCACAGCCCUUUGUCAGUGCCAUCGAGAGCAUUGCAAAACCGACGGCCCAGACGGCGAAAGCCUGGCUGCAGGCGUCGCCGUCGGGCGCUUAUACGACCGCAAGAACGCAUGCGGGCAAGGUCUUCGAGUGGUCGGCGCACGUCCAGCGCACCGCCGACAGCAUCCGGCAGAUGGCGCCCGUCGGCGACGCAGUAGAUUUAGUGGACCCGGCGAGACUACGACGUAGGCUCGACGGCGCCGCCGGGGCCGUCGUCGACGCCUACCGUGCGACCCAUGGGGGCGAAGAGCUCAAGCUCACGUUUUUGGUGUCGUGGGAUGAUGAUGGUGAGACGACGGUCGCGGCGCACGCGUCCCCGUUACCACCUAUACCGUCGAAGCCCGUGCGCGUCGAGACGCGCGGCGCGCCGCGCGCGAACGCCGCGGCGAAGGACUCGGCCUGGGUCUCGGCGCGGGCGCCUCUAGAAAAACUGCAGGCGGAGGCGCACGCGCCGAUCAAUGAGUUACUCCUUUCCGAUGAGGGAAAAAUAUUGGAGGGGUCGCAGACGAACUUUUAUGCUAUCGUCGAUGGUAAGGUGGUGACGGCGGGCGAAGGUAUUCUGAUGGGCACGGUGCGGCGCCUCGCGCUCGAGGUGUGCGAGCGGGAGCGCAUUCCUGUGGUGUUGGAGGCGCCGGACCUGAAAGAUGUGGACCGGUGGGAGGGUUGCCUGAUAUCGAGUACGUCGCGCCUGUUGUUGCCGGUCGACGAGCUCUACCGGCCCGCCGAGGGCGCGGCGACGACGCGCGGCGACUUGGUCCGCGCCUUCGACACCGCGCCGGGGUCGCUCGCGGAGAGGCUGCGGGAGCUGGUCGCGGCGGAGGUCGCGGCGCACUCGGAGGCCGUCGGGGGCGGCGGCGGGGAGCUGUGA